AUCACCCAUUUGCCAUAGACUUCAAUGUUAAAUUUAUAUCUGUUUCUAUUCUGUUAUUUUUGAUGAGAGAAUAAAUACUGCGUGCAGCGAAAAAUGGAACAGGAAGAAAACAGGUGCGAACGGGUGAUAAAAGGAUUGUAAAAAAUCCCAUUGAUCAAUGGGAUUAUUUUACAGCUGUUAACAACCCAUCUGGAAAAUGAUCAAACGGAUUGCAGAACGGGCAUUUAUUAACCAGAGCAGACGGCCGUGUGAACGAGCCCUAAGGGGUCAUUAGACUUAAUCCUGGCUUGUCAAUCAUAUGUGGAGCUCUAUAUCAAGAUAAACUUGACAUCCUCUCAUUAAAGUUGCGGUCAUGGAGACAUCAUGGAACCAGUAUGACUUCUUUACAAACUAGGGAUUUAUGGAGAAGAGGCGCACCACCAUGAUGAGGAGGGGAGAGAUAUUUCCUUAAACAAAACAAUCAUUACAGGGGCCCACCACAAUGAUGAUGAGGGGAAAAAUACUUUGUUAAAUUCAACAAUUAUUCCAGGAAGGAAAAUGAGAAGAUCUCCAGGAGGUACAUGGACUUCUAGAAUGAAAAAAGGUUUGGUCACCAUCACAGGAGCGAUUCCACCGGUUGGAGGCGUCCCAAUUGGAAAAAUUAUCGGUUUUCUUUUAAACCUAUUUUGGCCAGAAUCUCAGCCAGAUAUCUGGAGCCUCAUAAAAGACCAAGUAGAAGGAUUGAUAGAUGAAAAAAUCCUUGAAUUUGAACUUCAGGAGAGAAGAAAUGAGAUCCGGGCUAUACAGAAAACCAUGCGGAGUUAUGUAGACGCUCGGAUAAGAGAAAAAGGUUCAUGGAUAUCAACGCUGAUCCAUGCCUGUAAUGAAUUGUUCUACAAGCUAACACAGUCCAAAAACUCUAUGCAGUUCAUCCCCCUAGUGGUCACUCACAGCACUCUGCAUCUACUGAUCCUAAAGGAGAGACUUCUACACGGAAAGGAGAUGUACGUUGAGGACAAUACUGAGGUGUGGAGGAAGGAGCUGGAGGAUCAGAUUUCUUCAUAUAAAGACUUCAUAAAAGACAUUUAUGCCAAAUGGGUUGAAUGGAGAAAAUCCAAAAUCAAUGUAAAAGUAGGUGCUAGUUUUAAUACAUUCAUGCGUUUUAGAUGGGUACAAUAUGUAGAAAUUUAUGAUGAAAUGGGCAAAGAUAGCGUUAAAUAUUACGAUCCUUUUUCUUCUGGUCCCUAUGUACCAGAUCAUUUUAGACCUAUAUGUGAAGGUGUAAAAAGGAAGAUCUUUGGUUUUCGGAAUGGUGAAAUGCUGCAAAUAUUAGUGCCAACCUUCUACCUGGAUAAUUUCAUCCCCGGGAAUGAAGAUAACCCCUCAGUGAUACCGUCAGCCAUGUCUAUAGCUAGCUUUGGCCCCAUUUCACCACAACUUGAUGGAGGAGAUGAAUCCAGUCGUUUAUACUCACCAGAUGAUGAUAACACAGGAGGUGGAGAUGUGACCAGCAUCAAUGUUAGACAAGAUCAUUUUUUUUAUCUCUCUGAGGAAUGGAGUUUUAUUGAAAGCUUCCAGGUAUUCUACAGCACAGGCGCUGGUUCAAUUUACGGAGGUAGUUCUGGCGCAAAGCUUCAUAAAAUUCCCUUAGAUAACAGACGCGUAAAAUCCAUACAGUUUUGUUACGAUGAUUCUAAGCAGGCUGAAGUGACCAUAAGAUUCUCCGAUGGGAACUCUACUGGACCCAUGGGAAUCCGGGCUUGGGGGCCGUUGAGAUGUGUAAACACUGGAGGUAUUGACACCUAUGGUCUGUACAAUAUCCGGGCAGCAGACAAUAAACAUCUAAUAAAUUCUUACACAAAACGCGCUUUUUUCCAGAUCGAGCUAGAUUACAAAGCUUACCCAGUCAGACCUUCUGAACUUCACAACUGACAGACAGAUUUUGUGGAUUUUGUCCAUGAUAGCCGUGUAUUAUAAGGCUUCACAUGCAUAUCCUUUUAUAACAGCUAUAUAUCAUUUACUAGCUGAAUUUGGUUUUGUUUAAUUUACAGAAUAUAUUAGAUCAAGUUUUCAUUAUAUCAGAAGAGUUUGUAUCUAUAGGCGAGAAAACGGAAAUGUAUAUCUAGAUAAAUGAGACCUUCAGAGAUCUCCUUCCGGUUUAUUCUUCACUGUUUUCUUAUCAUUUAGUAUUUAGUGCCCACCUAUCCUACCCUGCCAUGUAGACAUAUGGAAUAAAUAUUGGCCCCCCCAGGCUUGAGCCACCCCAGUUUAGAGCUAGUAACCAACAUUGGCUGAAUACUGAAUACUCGCCUCAGCUAGCCAAGAAAGAAUCCUUUGUAGAGUAUUACCAGGAAAUUAUUACAUUAAUAACAUUACAUUGUAUCAUUUACAUUAUGAUAUAUUAUAAAUAUUACAUUACAAAAAUUAGAUUUCAAUGACCGUUUUCUAAUAAACGCUAUCUGU